AUGCCACCUAUUACUGAGACGCCUAAGACACUGGCAAGACAGCCAGUGCUAGUGCCACAGCCAAUCUCACCAGCAAAUCUGAUCCGGCAGCACGCUGAAGACACUCAGAAUUCGCUGGACAGAGCCCAGGAAGUGGCCCAGCAAAUGGCUAAGAAGAAAUCAUUCGAAAUGAAGCUCAAGGAAAUCAAUGAGAACCUUUCUAGGAUGAGCGCUGACACGGAGAAUGCUAGAAAUGCUAGCGAAUCUAUCGAACCAGCAACCGAAAGCUCGUCCGCCGUACCAGAUACUACACCCACACCGGCAUCUCGUCGUCAGUCACCCAAGCAUCCACCGGGACUGCCGAUUCCACGCGCCCAUGGUGAAUACAAAUACCCUUUUGAGUGGGAGGAUCCGAUCCGUGAAGCGACGGAUGCUGCUAGCCAGCAAGCUCAGACAGUGUCUCCGAGUGAGCAAGCUCUGACUAGGUCUCAAAGUGAACAAAACCCACUAGCAACUGAGAAGCCUGGUCAGAGCUCCGUUGCACCAAUCUCUAUCAGCUCGAGCCCUGAUCCAAUUAACACAAUUGAAACAACCCAGCCACGCCGUUCGAAGAGAUGGAAUGCUGGCGUACCCGGACCGGUCUACCAUGACCCCGAUGCCCCGAGAAUGAAAGCUGAAAUUAGGGCACAUGAAUACAAAGUGAGGAAAGCUGCUAAGCGAGCCAACUCCGUCGCCACGGAAGGCGAUACCGAUACUAGCAAAGCAUCUAUGGCCUCGGAGCCCGAGAAAACAACCUACUGGCACUACUGGAAGAAAGCGAUGGAGGAUCAAAUUGAAGACCUUAAUGCGAAGAAUACGUACAGCUUGAUCAUUCGACAACGGAAGACCCAGGUGCUGCCGGGCCAACGGCGAUUCAGUAUCAAGAAAGACGCGGAAGACUACGUCAUCGGAUUCAAAGCCCGCUGGGUAGCUUGCGGCAAUUUCCAGAAGAAGGACGAAGCAGCCGAUUACUACGCACCCGUUGUGGUGGAAUGCCUGGUCAAAACUGUCCUGUCUAUCAUUGCUGUCUAUGGUUUGAAAUGGCGUCAAAUCGACGUCAAAGCUGCCUACCUAAAUGCUUCGAGAGACGAAGAAACGACUGUCUACAUGAGACAACCGACUGGAUUAGAGCAUAUUGAUGAUGAAGGUUCUGCAAAUGACUGGAUCUGCGUGCUGAAUCAGGCAUUGUACGGCCUACGGGACUCGGCCUUCCUGUGGAACCAGGAAAUGGAUGAAAAGCUACAGUUACUCGGUUUCUUGCCGCUUGAUGACGAUGCUUGCGUCUACACCAAAGGCUCGGGACUCGGGAAGCUGGAUGAGCAUCUUGAUAUGGCGGAACCUUACAUCCUGCGCUUUACCCAGGCCGCCGCGGCGGUCCAAGCAGAAGAAGAUUUCCCCCCGUGGGACGGUUUCAGCAGCUCUUCAUCGGAAGAGGAGGUCGCGGUGCGCGCCGGUGGACCUGGGCUGGAUGGAGGGCUUCCAUGCCAGCGCUGCACCUUCCGGUUGGUGCAGCACCCAGAUCAUCAGUGCGUGUUGCCAAUAGAUCGCACCAAGUGCCUCUAUUGUGCCAGCGGCCGCCACGGGUGCAAGCCGGUAUACCCCGAGCUUGUGCCCGAGGUGGAGCACGCGCUCUCUCCUGCUGUCACUAGCGAGCAGCGGGUGGUGCUUCUGAAAGGUCUUCUUCAAAAGACCCGGCUCAUCACUGCCGCCAUGAAGCCCGCUGCGACCCCCAAGGUCGCCGCUAGUGAGGAGGUUCCCUCGCCCCCGUCGUCGGUUGCGUCUUCUCCUGAGAAGUUCGUGACUCCUGAGGGAACUCCGGCUCCGGAGGAGUCUCCACUCCGCCGUCUGUUGCGUCGCAGCAGCCAAGUUUUCUCCCCGUUGCGCCUGGCUUCCGGCGCAUGGGAGACCGUGCGUGACAGUUUGGGUCAGCCGUAG